AUGGAUUUGAUAUUAUCACUUAUCUUAUUUAGUAUUCAAUUAUGUUAUGGAUUAAAAGAAGACUAUGUUAACAUAUUUAUUGGAACAAAUAAUAGAUAUCAUUUAAGUAAAGGAAAUGUUUAUCCAUCAAUUGGAACCCCAUUUUCAAGUCAUUACAUAACAAUUCAAAAUGUUGACCUUAGUGAACCUUGGAUUUUUCAUUGGCAAAAUAAAGAUUUAUUUUAUGGUUUAAGGCUUACACAUCAACCAUCUCCAUGGAUAAGAGAUUAUGACUUUUUACUUUUACUUCCAACUGAAAUAGAAGAACCUACUAAUGGUUAUAUUAAUUUUAUUGAAAAAAAGCCAUCAUUUUUAUCAUUUUCACUUGAUAGUAUGACUAUUGGUGUUACUUCACGUCAACAUUUUUCAAUGAUAAAAAUUGAAAGUAAAAAUGUUUUUUACCUUCAUUUUAAAACAUUGAAUGGAAUUAAUCGAUUUAAUCAAAUUUCAUUAAAUAGAAUUGAUGGAAUAAUUCAAAAUGGAAAUGCACCUUCUCAUUUCCCAUUAUAUGUUACUUUAUUAACAAGUCAACCUAUUUCUUACUUUGAAUGUAAAGAGAAUAAUGUGUUAGUUCAAAGUGGUAAAUAUCUUCAAUGUUAUAUUAAAUUAAAUACAACAACAGAAAUUAAGAUUGGAACAAGUUUUAUAUCAAAUGAAUAUUCUUAUUCUCAUGCUUUAGAUUCUACUACAUUUAGUAAAGAAAUACAAAGAAAUGAAGAAGAAUGGGAUAAAUAUUUUAAUAAAUUUAAUAUACCUGAUUCUAAUUCUUCUGUUAAAGCUGACAAAAAGACAUUCUAUUCAAUUCUUUAUAGAUCAUUAUUAUUCCCUCAUAAUAUUACUGAAAACGGUUAUUAUAAAUCUCCUUUUGAUGGUAAAAUAUAUAAAGGAGAAAUGUUUACUGAUGUAGGAUAUUGGGAUAUAUCUCGUGCACAAAUUCCUUUACUUACUCUUAUUGCACCAUCUAUUGUUGACCAAAUAAUUAAAUCCAGUUAUGAUAUUUAUAAACAAAGUGGUAAUUUUCCCCAAUGGAUUUCUCCAUAUCAUAUAGAUAUUAUGGUAGGAAAUCAUAUAAAUUGUGCUAUUGCAGAUGGAAUUGUUAAAGGUAUUAGUUCUUUAAAUAAAACAGAAAUACAAAUGGUUUUAAAUGGUCUUAUUGAUGACCAAAAACAAGUUAAUUUUAAUACAGCAAUAGGAAGAGAUGGAGUAAAAAAUUAUAAUAACUUUGGAUUUGUAGAAUCAGAAGUAUUUGAAUCAGUAUCAAAGACAUUAGAUUAUUGUCAUAAUGAUUUUUGUAUUUCACAAAUUGCAAAAUAUAUAGGAAAUAAAACGAUAGAAGAUAUUUAUUUAUCUAAAGCAAUGAAUUAUAUUUAUUUAUUUAAUGGAAAAACUAAAUUCUUUGAAAGUAAAAAUAAAUUUGGUGAAUUUGAACCUAUUGAAUAUAAACGAUGGGGAGAUCCUUAUAUUGAAGGUAAUGCCAUUCAUUAUAGAUUUAGUGUAGUUCAAGAUAUUGAAGGAUUAGCUAAUCUUUUUGGUGGUAAAAAACAAUUAGUAAAUAGUAUUGAUGAUGUAUUUACUGAAUCAAAUAAUUUCUAUACUGGAAUAUAUAGACAAACAAUACAUGAAAUGACUGAAAUGGUUGAAAUUAAUAAAGGACAAUAUGCUCAUGGAAAUGAACCAAUUCAACAUUUAAUAUAUCUUUAUAAAUCUUUGGGGUAUGGUGAACAAGCUGAACCUUUACUUCAAGACAUUAUUCAUUCUUUAUAUUCAUCAACUGAAAAUGGAUAUUGUGGAGAUGAAGAUAAUGGUCAAAUGUCUGCAUGGUAUAUCUUAAGUGUAAUGGGAUUUUAUAGUGUUACACCAGGAACUGAUCAAUUUGUUAUUGGAGUUCCUUUCUUUGAAAAGUUAGAGUUUGAAGUAAAUGGAAAGACAACAAUAAUAGAAAAAAAUAUUACAAAUGGCUCAAAAUUUGUUAAAAGAAUUUAUAUUAAUGGUGUUCGUUAUCAUAAAUUAUAUUUUACAUAUAAAACAUUAACUGAAGGAAAUCAUAUUGUCUUUGAAAUGGACGAACAUCCAAGUAAACAGUUUUUAAUAAAUUCUGAUUAUCCAUAUUCUAUUUCACCAAAAAUUCAACGUCUAAGUUUUUCUUCGUUACAACGUUUGGAAAAUCUUGAAUAA